GGCGCUUGUCGUGCUAGCUAUGAUCGUGUGAAAAGCUUCGCGAAUGAGUUUAUGUUUUUGCGAGUCAAAUUACUUGUGUCGCAUGAGAAAACCGUAACCGUGGUAACGCAGUGAAAAAUAAUCCGUUACUGAUAAAAGCAAAGCUUCAGUCGAGGGAGUGAGAUCACAAUGGCUAGUGAUGUGUGCAGCCAUGUAAAGGUGGUGGUCAGGGUGAGACCAACCAGCGAAUGUGAGAAGCGUGAAAACUGUCGAAAUGUGGUCCAGGUCGUUGAUAACCACAUGCUCAUAUUUGAUCCCAAGGAAGAGGACAUGUCCUGUUUCGGGGCACAAAGAGUUCGAAACAGGAAUCUCAAUAAGAGGGCCAACAAGGAUCUUAAAUUUGUGUUUGAUCAUGUCUUCAAUGAGGACUCGACUCAACUUGACAUCUUCGAGAACACUACUAAUGUCGUGUUGGACGGUGUGAUGAAUGGAUUUAACUGCACAGUUCUUGCGUAUGGUGCCACUGGAGCAGGAAAGACACACACCAUGUUAGGGUCGCCUAAUGACCCUGGGGUCAUGUACCGCACCAUGAAAGAGCUCUUCAAGCGCAUGGAUGAUGCCAAGGAGGAGAAAGAGUUUGCUGUUGCAUUCUCAUAUCUCGAGGUUUACAAUGAACAAAUCAGAGAUUUGUUGGCUAACGCAGGCCCCCUCGCAGUCAGAGAAGACGGUUCUAAAGGAGUGGUUGUUCAGGGACUCUCACUGCAUCAGCCCAAAUCUGCAGAGCACAUUCUUGAGGCCUUGGAUUCUGGGAAUCGCAACAGGACACAGCAUCCUACUGAUAUGAACGCCACCUCUUCCAGGUCCCAUGCUGUAUUUCAGAUAUAUUUAAGACAGCAGGACAAAACUGCCAGCCUCAAUCCGAAUGCCUGUGUAGCCAAAUUGAGUCUGAUUGAUCUGGCUGGUUCAGAGAGAGCAAGUGCCACCAACACCAAAGGGGCACGUUUGCGGGAAGGUGCUAACAUCAAUCGUUCACUUCUUGCCCUGGGAAAUGUUAUCAAUGCUCUUGCUGACCCAAAGAGUAAGAAAACUCAUAUCCCGUACAGGGACAGCAAGUUGACACGGCUGCUCAAAGACUCUUUGGGAGGAAACUGCAGAACAGUCAUGAUUGCCAAUGUGAGCCCCUCAUCCAAGUCAUAUGACGACACCUGCAACACGCUUAAGUACGCCAACAGGGCCAAGGAGAUUAAGUCCUCGCUGAAGAGUAAUGUUGUAAGCCUCGACAGUCACAUUGGCCAAUAUGCAGUGAUAUGUGAGAAGCAGCGUCUAGAGAUUCUGCAGUUGAAGCAGAAGAUAAAAGAAUAUGAGGAAAAAAAUAUGUUAUCUGGAUCUUUCAACAAUAUUCCUUCCCAGAAUCAAGCAGAGAUAAAAAGGGUGUCAGAAGCUCUGCAGCAAAUCUUCUCCAGCAGGGCCCAGAUCAGGAGAGAACAGCUGGAUCUGGAGAGACAACUGAAGGAGAAUGAGCUGCGCCAGCGCUACAGUGAGGAGGACAACCUGCAGGUCCAAUAUUUCUGUGCCAAGGAAAAGACUGAGAAGGCCACCUGCAAGCAUGAGCGGAAGAUUGCAAGUUUACGCACUCAACAGCAACACAUUUGCAACCGUUUGAAGGAGGCGGAAACACGUUUCCUGGACAACGAUGGCUGGCUUCAUCGUGUCGAGAAUGAGAUUAAGCUCCUGAAGUCAAACGAUCACACCUCAGAGGUGUUUGAGAGGGAUCUACAUUGCCACAGACUGGAGCUGCAGGUAAAUGAUCUAAAACAACACAUCAAGCAGAUGGUCAAGCUCACUUCACUGCAGGAUCAGGAGAACAAGCGCAUGCAGAAAAUGAUGAACAUCUUGUUGCCGGCUUUUAGUCGACAUUACUCUGCACUAUGUGGCGCUGGGCUGACCAGAGCAACAGAUGAGGAGGAGAGCCAUGAACUGGAGCACCUUGUGUUGAGGGAGAGGGGCGUGGUCUGGGCUGAUCAGGAAGGGGCAGGGCAGCAGCUGAAAAGUGAAGGGAUUGGAGAGGAAUCACGGGAGUUAGCACCAGCCCUGUCUUUCUCACAUCUGCUGUAUCACCAGAGUAGCCCCUGCAGUGCUGAAAACCGCACCAAAAGAACAUCAUUGUGCCACGCUGCUCCAUCACCAAAAGAUAGAGGAAACCAGAUGAAUGCAAAACAGGAACCAACUCCCAGAAUGCCCAUCAGGAGAAAUCUGUGUGCGUCACUGCCACUGGAGAGCCCUCAGGUUGUGGCCAAGGCCCAAAAGUUCGAGGAGGGUCUGUUCCCUCUACAGUGCACACCAGAACCUGCUAAACGACCUACUCAGGUCCUGCCAAUGAGCUCCUCCAGUGCCAUGGAUCCCAACAUGACCUUUGAAGUGUCGGACAAUGAUGAUCAGACGGCAAAUAAUGCAACCAUUAUAAUAGGCAGUGGUAGUCCCUGUCAAGCGUCAAAGUCCACAGACUUCCUCAGCUCCAGUCGACUGCUCCAUCUUCCCAAGACCAAUGAGGGGUGUCUGGUUUCAACAAAAAAACAACAGAUCCCGUCUUUGCAAGAUGUGAGACGAGCCAACCCAACAUACAUGAGCAUGACUUCUGCAGCACAAGGAAAACGCAAACUUAGCGGAAUCCAAGAAGAGUUAUCACAGACUCUCUCUGCACCAAAACGUAUAAAGAAAGACCCCUCAGCGGCGCGGAAACCACUUAGAGUGCAUCGUUUGGCUGGUUCAGAGGAGAACAAACCUCGGCGGGUUGUGAGGAGCAUCUCUGAGGGAAAUCUCAGCCUCCUUGAACCUAGAAAAUCUAAAUCCAUUUUUUACAAAACGACCCAACAGUUAAAACGAGUGGCCAAACGGAUGUGAAGCAACAUUACUUUUUAAAUCAGGCAAUUCUAAUUUCUAAAACAUUUUUAUCUUUGCCUUUUGCCGUCAGUCCUUAUUCAUCUCUUCCAAAAUAUUUUUCAAACGGUAAAAAAAAAAAAAAAGAAGAAGAUCCAUCACUUCUCCAACCCAAAUGUCUUCAGAAUUAAUGUAUUGUACGUUGUGUUAUUUUGUUAGAUUCUCAAAUUAAACCACUUCCUGCAUUGGUAUUUUACUUGAGUGUAUAUAAACUUUGUAUAUUUUUGGUCGUCUUUUAAAAGUCAUGUACAAACUAACAUCCAGAAAUAAAAGAAGACCUCUUGAUAUUCGGUGUCUGGAACUAUUCUCUUAAAAAGUCCAUCUGGUAGGUGACCACAUGUCUCCAGGGCAGCUAAUGUAAAAAUUCAAAGUUAGACUUUGCAUGACCUUAAAUGUUGACAUGAUUGGGCUGAUUGUGCUUUUUACAUUUGAUUGUAUUUUGAUUGUACAGUUAAUAACAUGGGCUUAUAGAUAUUUCAUAAUAAAAUGUCUUGUAAAACAA